CUUGGCGUUCAUAGAAACGCGUGUUUUACUUAGCUAGUCAUGUUUCUGUCGCAUAAUAUUAAAAAUUUUGUAACAACUGGAUUUACUUCAACUCCGAUGAAUGAUGCUAGCGGAGAUGAUAAAUUUUGAUUGUGAUAAUUUUAAGGUGGAUGAUGCAGAUGUCGAUCAUGAAGAUAAGAUACUGAAGCGAGAGUUAAAUCAAUUAAUAUCUGAACAGCUGGGUGAUUUUGACCUCAGUGAAGAAGAGGACCAACCUGACGAAAUUUGCAUCGUUCAAACAAAGCCCGGUUGUAGUCCACCUGAGACUGUCGCUGGUAGUUCAGAUGAUUUGAUAAGCAUUAUUGAGGCUGGAAAGUUGUCUUUACUGGAGAGUGCUAUUCAAAAGUUUGGUGAGUGCUCAGAAAAUGCGACCACUGAGUCAAAUGAACUCACAAGCCUGGGUUAUGAUGGUCAACAGUCAAAUAGUAACCAUAACGCCUUGGGAUUGUCAGGUCGCUGCAGUCAAGAUACUCAAGUUGUUCGGCAGUUUGGAAAUUCCGCAAACGAGUCUGAAAAAUCUACUAACUGUAACAAUAUUCAUCAGGUUUCAAAUUCCCAUCUAUGCGAUAAUGUACAAAAUCCUCAACUUCCCAUUUUCCCCAGUGUUGUUUCACAGGAUAAAACUAUACCAAAGGUUCCCAUUGCUGCUCCGAUUAUAAAUUGGGACUUGAGUCUUCCUGGUGAGGUUUCAGAUACGUUGUUCAGCACUGCAGUGGAUAAUAAAAAUCAGUACACCACACACGAUCAUGGUCAAGUGAUUUCCGGCCCGACAAAUUCCAUUCAAACUCCUCCAUCACCAUGGUCAUUGCUGCCUUCUUCAGUACCUCAGUCCUUACCACCACCGAAUUUUACAGAAAACGUUGCCUGGUCAACAACUUCAAUAGUUCCUACUCCGUCUCAUGCAGCCUAUAAUGAAGUGACACAGGCUGGUAUUCCUGUAGAAACAAAAGCACAUUUAGUUGUCCACACCGCAACAUCGGAGCUGACUUCUUCCAAUAUUCCAUGUGUAACUAGUAGUGCUGAUAUGAAUUUAGACAGUCAUCUUUUACCUAGUGGUAAUCGGGAUCGUCGUGAGUUACUUUACAGUGCUCGAGGACAUCAGCUACAAGAGUUGCAAGCAGAAGUUGUUCAAUUGAAAGAAGAAAUCGCUAAAGAAAAACGUCUAUCUAAUCAUCGUAUUUUAUUAGCUGAAGGGGAGAAGGAGAUACUACGUUCUAAGCUUUCCACUUUAGAAGACACUGUGAAGUCAUUACGUAUGGAGCUUGUUACAAAAAAGGAAAAUGCAGAAGUUUUGCAGAAUCAGUUACAAGAAAAUGCGGAGUGUCAGAAAAAGCUGAAUGAAGAACUUUUAGCUUUACGUACAACUAAUGAGUCGUUAUCAUGUCAGUUAGUUGAAUUGACUACAGGGAAUGCUUUAAAACGAGCCGAAGAAAGAGAAGCACAACUGGCAGAAUCAUUAGAACAACGUUUUCUGUCAAGAACUGAAGAGAUUAAGACAGAGUUAAAAGCAACUCAAAGAAAUUUAAAUGAAAAGGAAAAUGAAGUUAGCGAUUUACGCCGGCAAUUAGAAAUUUGUAAAGCUGAAACAAUUAAAGCACAACAAACACACAGUGAAAUGAUAAAAGAAGCUAAUAAACAGUUGGAAGAAGCUCAAAAGCAUUGUCAACAACUUGCCUCAUCUGCCUUGUGCUCUGAAGUUACAUCUUUAAGACAAAAGGUGAUUGAGUUGGAGACGUCAAGAAAGAUUACAGAAGAUGUGAAUAAAAUUUUACAGGAUGAAUUACGGGGUUUUCGGGAUCAAGUUGCCAUAUAUGAAAAUGUUUUAAGGUUAGACGUAUAUUCGCAUAAUGCCGAUAAUGAAGAUCCAAUUAUGUAUGAACCAAGUGAUCUUACACCUUAUGCGAAUAAAGGACGUCACAGUGGUAAAUCUGUUGCUUUCGCCGAUGUUGAUACACAUGGACCUAGUGAAGCUAAUCCACUUCAUCGACGACCAUCUUCGGCUAUAGAACGACCGAUCUAUCAUCAAGCGUUGGAUGAGAAUUUCGAUAUUUCUACUCGUUGCCAUUCAGACGAACAAUCUACUAGAACACGUCAACACUCAGGUGGUAAACAGGCGUUCAGUGAUAAUGAAGAUAUGCUUGGUAAAUUGGGUGAAUGUGACAAAGUUUCAUUUCAUUCAUUAACUCGUCAGGGUAUAUUAACUAGCACUCCUGCAGUGAAAUCGAAGUCAUCACCGAAAUCUCCGAUGGGUAGGCUGCGUGCUGAACUUGAAAAAUGCUUAUUAAACUAUAAGGCUAAACGAGAACAAAUAACUAAACUCCAUGAAGCUUUAUAUACAACACGUUGUCAAUUGCAUCAAUCAAGAGAGUUAACAGAAAAGGCGGAAAAAUCAGCUAAACUUUUACAGGAACGUGUUGUUUCAAUGGAACAUGAAUUAUCCACUCUACGCGGUAUUGGUGAAAAUCCUGGACCUAGAGAAGUUCUGUUAGGUGGUCAGUUAGAACGUUUAAAGGGAGAUUAUGUUCGUCUUGAGGAAGAAUUACAGGUGACACGUACUCGUUUACAAGCUGCUCUUGGUGCAGAGGCUAAAGCAUUGGAAGCUGAAAAAGCUGCAAGUGAACGUUUAGCUGCAAGUGUAGCAGAAAGAGAUGCAGCUGUUGAUCGAGCUAGAGCAGUCUGUGAGUCUCAUUAUACUGCAAUGCGUCGACGUUUGGAAGUGGAUUGGGCGAAUGAAAAAGAAGCGUAUGCGCGUCGUGCUGAAGAGAAGCUCGCAGAUAUGAGAAAAGAGCUUUAUGGGAUGCAACAGGAAGUUCAACGGGUUACAAAUUUAUAUCAUGAAAGUCAAGUAUCUGCUAAGAAGGCUGUAGAAGAUGCCCUACUGGAAGCUAUGAAGUUAAGAGAAGCUGAAAGAAUGAAAUUUUGGAGAGAAGAGCUGCCUGAACAAAUUGAAGUUGCACGUCAAUCGUGGUUAUCGGAGAUGAAAGGGCAAUAUACAAGUGUCAAUCCAAGUCAUAAAAGCGUGCAAACAGAACCAUCUGCUGAUACCUCCGACGCCUUACAGUCUUCUGUACAUAUCCAAACUAGCCUUUGUGAUCUACUAUCAAUUAAGCUUGGAUUAAACUUGAGUGAUAAUUCAACAUUCGAUAAUACUGAAAUGCUUGAAAUCAAGUCUAUUCUACUUAAUAAAUAUCCUAUAUUAUCUCAAUUCAUGUCUAUGGAAUGUAUUCAUUACUUAUGUACACAUUUAAUUGAAACACCGUGUAUGAAUUUAUUAUAUUUGGAGAAAGAAAUUUCAAAUUCUUUUCAUACUCUCCUUGAAAUACGACUUCAAAAUUUCUUGAAACAAAUCAACAAUGAAUUGAACAAAUUAAUCGAUGAAUAUAAAGUGACUCAUAUUUUCAGUGAAAAUACUGACAGGGCUGUUUUGUCAGAUAACGCUGUGAUUUUAAAAUGCUUUGGUCCGCUACAGUCAAUUUCUGUGAAUGGAGAACCUGAUAAAACGACUGCCGACUGUAUUGCACAUAAUCUAAGUGUAAAAACUACAGAUACUCAAUUGUCUAACACAAUUAGCAGUGAAUAUCAAUCAUUCAUGACAAAAGUUCGUAUAUUAACUUCAAGCGUGAGUAAAUCAAGUGAUUGUUCACCAUCGUCUGAUCUACAUAAUUCACUGUCGACUUGUGAACAUAAAUUUGUACAAGUUAGCGAUCUUGAAGCUCCUUAUUAUUAUUCUAUCCUUGAAAAAAUUAAAGGUAUGUAUGUAUUCCAACUUUUUACCUGUUAA